UCUCUACCCAGAGCAAGGAAGGGGGCGGGGCCCGCAAGUCUCACGCCCUCAGGCGGCUACACUGGCUCACCGGCAGGGGGAGGAGCCCUUUUGUGUACCUAGCGUCUGAAAACGAAACCGGGAAGGAUCCUGUGCCUCGGAGGUCCGUUCCAACCAGCGCUGGAGCACCUGCAGCCACAGGUGGGCCGGUGACUUUCUCGUCCCCCUGCCGCGCGCGCACCUGGCGCGGGACUUGAGCGGGUUCUCGGGACCAGUCGGCUGUGUUUGUGCCGGGACUCUUUAAAUCAUGGAAAAACAAAAUAGACAAAUGAAUGCUCCUUACCCAGGAACAAAUUUACCACCUGAAUAUCUCCCUCAAUAUCCUUCAGCAGCACUCCAAGGACCUCCAGGAUAUACUGCCUACUCUGCCCCCCAGGUUGGCUAUCCUGGCCCCCAGGUUGGCUACCCUGGCCCCCAGAUUGGCUACCCUGGCCCCCAGGCUGGCUACCCUGGCCCCCAGGCUGGCUAUCCUGGCCCUCAGGCUGGCUAUCCUGGCCCCCAGGCUGGCUACUCAAUUCCCCCAGCUGGUUAUUCCGGUGCUGGCCCAGCAGACUUUCCUGUCCAACACCAGCCAGUAUAUAAUCAGCCAGGUGGACGUGCAGGGGUACCGUGGAUGCCAGCACCACCACCUCCAUCAGGCUGUCCACCUGGAUUGGAAUAUUUAAGUCAGAUAGAUCAGAUACUGGUUCAUCAGCAAGUUGAGCUUCUGGAAGUUUUAACAGGUUUUGAAACUAAUAACAAAUAUGAAAUUAAGAACAGCUUUGGACAGAGGAUUUACUUUGCAGCAGAGGACAAGGAUUGCUGUACCCGAUAUUGCUGUGGGGCUUCUAGGCCUUUUACAAUGAGGAUUGUUGAUAAUAUGGGCCAAGAAGUUAUAACUCUGGAGAGACCACUAAGGUGUGACCACUGUUGUUGCCCUUGCUGCCUUCAGGAGAUAGAAGUCCAUGCCCCUCCCGGUGUACCUGUAGGUUAUGUUAUUCAGACCUGGCACCCAUGCCUUCCAAAGUUUACAAUUCAGAAUGAGAGGAGAGAAGAUGUACUAAAAAUUACUGGUCCGUGUGUUGUGUGCAGCUGUUGUGCAGAUGUUGAUUUUGAGAUUAAAUCUCUUGAUGAAGAAACGAUAGUUGGCAAGAUUUCCAAGCAGUGGACUGGUUUUGUUAGAGAGGCGUUUACUGACACUGAUAACUUUGGUAUCCAGUUCCCUUUAGACCUCGAUGUGAAAAUGAAAGCUGUAAUGCUUGGUGCCUGUUUCCUCAUUGAUUUCAUGUUUUUUGAAAGGAGUGGAAACAAAGAAUAAAAAGGAGUGUGAUAGAGGAUUAAUGGAGGCCUCAGAAAGCAU